AUGGAUAGCUCGACUGAAUGUCUAGCUUCUUCAUUUUUUUUUCUUCAAUUAGCAACCAUCGUUGACAAAGCAAACAAAGCAAAUCUGAGCCAAUCUUCAACAGAACUUAGCCUCCUGUCCAGUCUGCAAACUUUAAACCAGAACAAUAACUCCCUGGAAGGAGAAAUUCUAGCCAACCUCUCUCACUGCUCUAGCCUGACGUUCCUUGGUUUGGCUAACAACAACCUUGUAGGCAAAGUUCCCCGGGAGUUCAAUUUCCCGUCAAAGCUCAAGCAUCUCGUUAUUCAAAAGAACAAUUUAACAGGAGGGAUCCCUUCUUUCCUCAUGAACCUGACAGCUUUGGAGGUUAUAUCUGCAGCUCAAAAUGCUUUCAAUAGAAGUAUCCCAGAUGAAUUGGGUCACCUGAGAAACAUUAGUUAUUUUGCAUUGGGUGAGAAAAACCUAUCUGGUCGGAAUAGUUUGUUCGGAUCCCUCCCUUCAGAGGUUGGCAACCAAAAGAAUUUGGCCGAACUGGAUAUCUCUGAGAAUAAAUUGUCUGGUGACGUUCCAAGUACCCUUGGGAGCUGCACUAGUCAUCAAAACCUAUCCUUGGAGGGUAACUUGCUUCAAGAGUCUAUUCCUUCAUCAUUGAGCUCCUUAAGAGAGGAAAAGGAAAGUUGGUCCUACGGAUCAUUAUUGAGGUCAUUCAUGAAAGGUUCUUACAAAAUACUCCUUAAAGCAACUGAAGGGUUUUCUUCAGAAAAUUUGAUUGGUGUGGGUGGUUUUGCUUCUGUGUACAAGGGAAUCCUUGAUCAAGAUGGAUCAAUUGUCGCUGUCAAAGUAUUUAACCUAAAAUCUCGAGGAGCCUCAAAGAGUUUCUUGGCAGAGUGUGAAACCUUAAGAAAUAUUCGACAUAGGAAGCUCAUAAAGAUCAUAACUGCUUGCUCAACUAUUGAUUUUCAAGGUAAUGAUUUUAAAGCUCUAGUGUAUGAGUUCAUGCCAAAUGGGAGUCUCAAGAAGUGGCUGCAUUCAAGUCUAGAAACAGAUAAUAGAGAAGAGAAGCAACAAAGACUCAACCUUCUUCAAAGAAUAAACAUUACUAUAGAUGUGGCGUGUGCACUUGAUUAUCUUCAUCACCACUGUCAAACACUGAUCAUUCAUUGUGAUCUGAAGCCAAGAAAUGUUCUUCUUGACCAUGACAUGACAACCCAUGUUGGUGAUUUUGGUUUAGCUAGGUUUCACACCAAGCUCAGUAAUCCAAACCAUAACAAUUCUAUUGGAGUAAGGGGAACUAUUGGAUAA